AUUUUUUUUCCAGAUUUUAAAUAAAAAAAAAGCGCACAAGACAAUUUUCUUUUUCUUUCUAUUCAUUUACGUUAGAAUAAGAUCUUUUUCGAAUAUAUGAAGAUGCAUUAAAGUAAAAGAUUAAUUUGAGGCAGCCGGUUCCUGAUCUUCCGGUCGUAGUCAUUGUACCCGUAUUAUCGUGUUUUAAACGAAGUUUUAAAUUUUACGGCUCAACUUUAAAGUCUCAAGUUUCACAGCGAGCCCAUUAUCUAACGUAAUUUACAGUUCCAGAGUAAAUCAUCUCCAUGAUAUGGCGCUACUUAGGACAGCGCCUCUUUGGAGAAAAAGCGAUGAGUACAAAAGGAACGAGAAUACGGAAAAGGAAUGGAAUUUGAUCGAAAGAGAGGGAUCUUGGAAAGAAAAGCAACAUGGUCUCUUCGCGGGGAUGAAAUCCAUACCACCCACAUGCUAUGACGUGUUCGACUUUUACCCUUUGCGCCUCUCGGUGUUUCCAGAGAUAACACUCACACAGAUGCGAAACAUUCAGCACGAACCAACUCGCGCGCAUGCGAGACGACGUAAUAUAUAUUUAUGUACGCGUCAUUUCACUAUAUGGAACGACGGUCCGAAAUUGCCCCUUGCUUAAUGGAACUACCCUUAACAAAAUGGCGACCACUCGAGCGAAAUUCGGAUGUAUGAUAUCUACACUAGAUGCCGCAAAUACCUUUAAUACACAAAGAUCAUAAUGAUCUUUCGCGUACUCGCGUACUCUAAAUAUUUGUCACAGGAAAACUCAACAUCUUCAUCUAGAAGAACAUCACAAAGCGGCUGUAAGCUCGAUAAAAUAAAAGAUAAAUAAUAGAUCUCAUGUAAUUGAUUAAGAAGUAAUUUUAGAUAAUUUGAACAUGAAUUUAAUGUUUGUUGUGAAU